AAUGGGGCCCUGCCUCUGUGCGCGUUCGCGACGCCCCAGGUUUUGGAGAUUUCGGUGCCGUCUCCGCGCUCCCGAUGGCAGAGAGGAGAGUUUAGGAUUGUGUGCGUCCCGAGAGGAAACCGACGAAAAGCACAAAAUGUUGAGAUGAGCACCCGCCCGUGAUCGAGCUCGGAGAAUCAUCCGGCCCUGAUUGGACUUUUUUUUUUUCUUCCUCUUGACGAGUUGCUGGUGGUGGGAGCCGGAGUCGCCAUGGAGACGGUGGUGAUCGUAGCCAUUGGGGUGUUGACCACCAUUUUCCUGGCCUCCUUCAUUGCCCUGGUGGUGGUGUGCAGACACCGCUACUGCCACCCUCACGACCUGCUGCACCACUUCGACACCAAACAGCAAGGCUUCACUCGCUUCUGCUUCAACCUGUUUCUCAGACCGACGGUCGAUCUGAUCGGAGCCAUGGAGACUCAGAGCGAACUGUCGGAGCUGGAGCUGGACGACGUGGUCAUCACCAACCCUCACAUCGAGGCCAUCCUGGACAACGAGGACUGGAUUGAAGACGCCUCUGGUCUGGUCUCUCACUGCAUCUCCAUCCUGAAGAUCUGCCACACCUUGACUGAGAAGCUGGUUGCCAUGACAAUGGGCUCAGGGGCAAAGGUCAAAGCGCCAGCGAGUCUGAGUGACAUUAUCACCGUGGCAAAACGCAUCAGCCCGAGGGUGGACGACGUUGUCAGAUCCAUGUACCCUCCUUUGGAUCCAAUUCUCCUGGACGCCAGGGCCACCGCUCUGCUCCUCUCAGUCAGCCACCUGGUGCUGGUCACCCGCAACGCCUGUCACAUGUCUGGCAGUAUGGACUGGAUCGACCAGUCGCUCCACGCCGCAGAAGAUCACAUGGUGGUUUUGCGCGAGGCGGCGCUGGCCUCUGAACCGGAUCGAGGCAUGCUCGGAGCUGACGCACAGAGAGAGCAGGCCAUUUAGAGCGAGCACAGACACUGACAGAAGUAGAACAGCAGCAGACCGUCACGAACACGGCUCCGUUUUUUUAGCCAUGAGCUCAGUUGAUACUUAACAGUCACAUAGACGGUGUUGAAAAGGCACAUUACCCAAAGUUAAUAAGGACUUCUGACUUCAGACUCGCCCGUGGACCCAACAAUUGUAUUUUUGCUGCGAGGCGUGCUGGAGCUCACCUUCCACCACAGCUACAUAGGGAUUUCUGGAAAGUAAACGUCACACACUCCCACAUACAGGCUUUUUUUUUUGUAUGUAACCCUACAGCAGAUGUUUUUCAGAGUUGCUCUGUUAAAGAUGUAAGCUGCCUGCAAGUGAAAGGCCUUUGGAAAUUUCUUCUUGAGUGCGCCAUCACCCAGCGGGAGGCCUAAAUCCAAUCUCUGCAGCACUGCACAGUCACAUGGAGGCUUAGUCAGCUAAUCCAUUCUGAGGAAAAUAACACCCUGUUAGCUUGUGAGCUCCAACUCAGUGGACCAACGGAACACUAACCUGACUCAUGUAGAAUCUGAGGGGUCAGCGUGACUCGAGGACGCUCUAAAAUGUCCCUGAUGCACUUAAAUCACCCGUCUGUGUUGCAUUCAGCUGCAGAGACCAAAAUCUAUAGUUUUAGCAUCAGUAAAAGUUUGUUCUUGUUGAAUAAUGCCCUUUGUCCAUUUGGACGGUUUUAGGAUUAAUUGGCCCACUUGAAAGUCAUCAGCCAUAGCAGCACUUUAAUCCAGAAUAGAAUAUCUCAACUUGUACUGGACGGAUUGGCACAAAGUUCUGGGCAGAUGUUCAUAGUUCCAGGAAGAUGAACCCUUAUGACUUUGCUGACACCUUGACUUUUCCUCUAGCAAUACCAACAACUUGUUCUGCAAUGUUUAAAAACUGACUGGCACAAAAAUCUGGACAAAUGUACACGUUCCCCUGAGGAUAAUAUAACUUUUUGUUCAAUUAACUUUUCAUCUAGCGCCAUCAUCGGGCCAAAACUGUGAUUUGUUCCAUACCUUUGUUGCAUUAUGACUGUAGCAUACACUGUAAAGAUGGACGAUGCUUUCUCUCAAUAUCCUGAAAUGAAGCAAAGAUAUCCUGGAUACGAAUGCUGCCAUCUUGUGCUAAUGACGCCAUCUGCACAAUAGCGAUCAGGGAAUGGAGCCACAGAAUCCAGAGUCCCGCCCCGACCAAUCAAAUCACGAUUUACUGCAUCAAAUAACUAAUUAAAACCAAACAAACUAAAAGAAUGAACACUUGAACAAACUUCAGUGUGAUAAGAACGACCUAAAAUGACAGAAAAAUUAGUUUGAAGUUUGAUGUGACUUUUAGUUUGUGACUUUUAGUUCUGUCCAUGUCCCAUCCACUAACAUGGAGGAGGCCAGGGUUAUGACCUAUACUGCAGCCAGCCACCAGGGGACCACUGAGAUGUUUCGGCUUCAGCAAAACCUCCAAAAGUCAGUAAACAAAAAAAGAAACACUUGCUCUUUAAUUCAGUCCCCAAAAUGUUUGUUAAAUGAAACUUUGAUAUUAAAAUCAAAUGUAUCCGCUGUUUCAAUUGACAUGUGAAAUAGGGAUAAGAAAAAUACACAGAUAUCAAAGCAGACCUGGAGAUUUUAGGGAAAACAAUCGUGCUACAGGUCAAUUCCACCCCCCCCCCCCUAAAAAUGUUGCGUUUGACUUCGUACAGUACGUCUUUGUGCUUCGUCGCGUUUGAACAGUGUGUUGAUCCAGGUGAGGCAGAAUUAGCAUGUUGUUUUGGGCCAGGGUGAUGUUAUUGGAGCAUGUCUACCUGUUCCCUCAUGCAUUACUAAUAGCCAAUCCCCAAGGAGCCCUAAUAAGGCUUUAGCCACAGCCACUGUGAACACAUGGGCUCAGGGCUGCGACACACAUAGCACAAACCUUUUCACACAAACGUCUGGCAGACAAGUGAACACACAUCAGCACGUCAUAUGGCACAACCGUUAAAUACACUUCAUCGAUCGGGGGGGUCAAACACGUUGCGUAAGGAUUGUGGUGACUAUCGUUAAGUGGGGAAGAAAAGCAGCUCGUCUGUUAAUCAAAAUCGAACUGAACAUGCAGAGAUGUUUCGAUGGAAAGACAUCGAUCGUGGAGGAAGCAUUUAGAAAGUGGUUAACCUUUUAUUUUUUUCUCCUUGUUUACAUUGUGUAAUAGCACUGAUAUUUUUUGUAAGCACUCCUUUAUUUUCUCAUCCUUAUUUCCACAGUUUGUUACUGAUGCCCACACAGCCUUUUUCUUUUUAUCUUUCAUCGAUUUGUACAGAUAAAAUGAAGUUUCAUAGGAGAUUUUGUUUUGUUUUUGGUUUUUUUUUUGCUCUGGACAAAAGCUACAGAGAAAUCCAUGUCCGAUAAAAAGUCCACACACACCAUACUAAUUUUUGACAUAAAUAAAGGUGAAUUUUUUUCUUCUUUUUA